AUGGAAAUAGUGCCUAUAUCGUCUUUGUCGCCUUCAUUGGCAUUGCCUACCGACUGUGGGUUCAAGGCAUUGGUUACACUGCUAUGGCCCUUCUCCUCAACGACCGGGCAAUGCGCUCUUCUCUUGGCCGAUCCAGACGCGCGACAGCGAUAUCAGAAAGGCCAAGUACGCGUGCGAUUUACUGGACCCAGUGCGCGCCAGAUCGCGGUAUCAGGCAUUGGUAUUGGGGAUAGCGUGCAAGUCGCGCUAGUAGGCGUGCAAUGGUUGACCGAAUCCGAUACAGUUCUGGUCAAAACGCCCGGUAAAAGUGUCGAUGGCGAACUUGUAUUCAAGAACCGUCUGCAUAUGACCAUCACGCGAGGCCAGACCGAGCCAAGGACAAUCGAUGUAGACGAGUCCACCGAGCACACGUCACCGAAGCCUAGUAUGCUACCACCGAGUACGCCUAUCGCCCGACCCAAGCCUCGCCCUUCUUUCGAUGCCUAUGGAGUCGCCGUGUAUUCUUCGCCAGCCUUUAUGAAGCGUCUCCGACUCUCUGAAGGAGGCACACCAUACUCCCNNCCUGUACCCGUAUCAGAAGACGACGAUCAGGACAGUGUCGCAUCGCGAAAGAGACGGAGGGUUUCAUACAAAAACGUCUCUGAAUGGAAGUUUGACGGCCGAGAACCUUCUCCUGAAAAAGACCAGAUUGAUGUCUUGGAUGAUGCUGAGGGAGACGAGGACUUGACUGCCGACACAGCAGUACCACAAACAACCACCGUAGAAAAUGGUAAUGUGACCGAGCACAGGCAAGAUCUGGACAUGCAAGACGCUGCUGAGCCGAUCGAAGAAGCCAAUCACGAAGCCGAGCAGCCUGCUUCCGAGGCUGAGAGCUUCCAAGGAAACACAACAGAGCCUGCUCAGGAGACUGUUGCACAUGAGCCUUCAGUAGAAACUUCUGGAGAUGGAUCACUUCAGACUCAGGCCGAGGCUGACACCUCUCCGAGGUCUGCAGCAGAAUCUUCCAAUGUAAAAGAGCCGGAAGAGAUGGUAAUUGAAGCAGUGGUUCAACAACCUGCAGAAGCUACGAGAUCAGAAGAGACCAGUCCGGAUGGAGCACUACAAGCUCCGGAAAGUUCGGUGACCUCCAAGCUCCAGAUUUCGACAUUUGAAGAUAUGCCACCUUCAACUUUGCCGCGUCUGACUAUACUGCCCACCGAGAGCGAACUUCUAGAGCAGAUGGCGCGUGCCCGUACCGUUGAUAGACCUACAACGCCGAUCUUGCAACCACUACUCACUGAAGGUCUACCUUUGCCGUCGCCCUUCCCGACUAGUGCUCAGAAGAUACCUUCUCCGGUCGCUCUGAACAUAACAGGAACUUCACAGAUCAUUGAGAACGAGACAGUCAUGGAAGACGCAGCAGAGACCGCUGCUAACACGGGUCAGCAAGUAGAAGCAACUUCGCAGACGCCUCGCGUUGUUGCCGAUACCUAUGAUGGCUACGCUGAAGAAAACCCUGUCGUACUGUCUUCUGGUAGUGAGGAUGAGGAUGAUAACGACGAGGAUGAUGAGGAGGAGGGCAAUGCUGAAUCCUCCGAUCAAUUACCAGUGGCUGCUUCUUUACCAGUCGUUACAGAUGUCCAAGUUGGAUGGCGCUCGAGAGGUGAUAGAUUCGAUGACGAGAGCUCUGCUGAUGAAGAGUCUGAUGAGGAAACGGAAUCGUCCAGUGAGGACUCAGAAUCGGACGAUGUGUCAUCUGCAUACAACUCUGAACAGAUUGAAGCUCUGCAGGAGCAGAGUGAUGACGAAGGUGCCAUCGAGGAACCGGAUUGGGAUUAUCUGGAACGUAAGCUUGAGCAAGAAGAGGCUGCUCUUCAACAGUCGAGAGAAGAUCUUACUGCCAGAGACAAUGGCCUCGUUGAAGCAGCCGAUGAUUCUGAAGAAGGAGAUGAAGCAGACGAUGCUGUGAUGCACGAUGACAAUUCCGAACUGGACGAAGAGAUAUUGGCCAGAAGUGAUGACGACAGCGCUGAUGAUGACUCCGACGGCACAGGAUACUUCGACAGGGCUGUGUUGCCUGACACCGAGGAUGAGUCUAGAGAAGAGUCAGAGGUCGACGCGAUGGACCAAUCCUAUCAACCUUCGAUGCCUGCGAAUGCCAUGUAUAGCCAUCCAUUCGGUCUAGAUGAAGCUCGUACACCGACAGAGACGAGAACGGCAUUGCCUUCCCAAGCAGCAUCUGAGGCUGGUUCUGCAGCGGGAGAUGAAACCAUCGCCUGGCGUGACAGAGAUGCUGCUGUCGAGGCACUUGAUCAACAAAUGCAACAACGUCAGCCUCGUCAAACCACCGAACAAGCUGUUCAAGCGCCUCCAACUCAAUACAUUCCGCCACCAUCUUCAUCCAGACUCGAUGUUGUCGAGUUAUUAGACGUUUCCGACUCAGAUGAAGAAGACGUUGAUCUCGUUGCUCCAGUCCCUCGAGGAACACUCGACUUUNUGCCUUCGAUCGAUCUUGUCAACCGUUUGCUUAGCAGCAACCAGAAGGAUGCUCACCUUGAGCUCAGUGGACCGGUGACUGCUCAGAUUCGCUCAGAAAUCAAGAAGAUCUCGGACCAGGUCGACAGCCAGAGUAGCCAUUCAACCAAGUUCAAUGCCUUGAAGAUUAUCUGCAAGAUUGGAGUCAAUGUGGCGGUUGCUGCCGAGAGUGGUAACAUGUUUGCAGAGAGUGUCAAGUAUCGUCUCAAGGAGGAUGAAGUACUCGUCAGUGUCUGUUGGAAGAUCUACAACCAUCUCUCGAAUGCGGACAGAUACCAUACAGGCCAACCAUCUGAUGUGCUUGUCAGUCUCGAGGAACUGGAAGAGAAGCGAGAUUACUGUUUUGAAGGCUUUACCGAAUUUCUGAAGCAUUUCAAGCAGAACUAUCACCAUAUGCCUGUCGAAGCGGAACAACAGCAACUCGAUCAACAAGCCACAUCUACGCUACCCACAGUGGAAACUCAAAAUGCACGAGGAGUGGAGUCACACCCAGCUACCCAGAACAGAGAUAGCGAGCAGAGUUCCGCAACCCAGGUUUUCGAAACCCAGCUAGAUCCGGUCUCGACCGAUCAUAUUGACAACGGGGAGCAGCAGCUCAACCCCCCUGCACCGGAAUUAGCCGAGCAAAUGACUGAGUCGUCUGAACAAGUACAAGCAGAGCCAGAAGCACAGGCAACAUCGAAGCAGACAUACGUGGAGAGUAGUACGCCGUCUUUGGCAAAUCCAGCUCAAGAGGUGCAUCAGCUUGACGAAGAUAUAAGCUCUUCUCAGGUUCUAUCGAUGGAAGAAGACAUCGAGCAUCAAGACGGUACCGAAGCGGACAAGUUUGAGACAAUGGAGGUCGAGACAGAAUCUAUCGAAUCUAGUGAUGAGCAUGAGAUCGAUCCUGCUUUACUAGAACAGGCAAACUCUGUCGAAUCCUCGCAAGCGGAAGGAUACGAGAUAGAUCCUGCACUACUUCGAGAAGAGCAUGAGAUCGAUCCUGCACUGCUUGCAGAAGGACAUGAUGACCUGCGGUCAAACAGCCAUCCCAGCCCAUUACAGACUGACGACGUAAUGUCCGAAGCCCUCGAGCCUGAAGCUUUCUCGGUCGCUGAUGAAGAGGAAAGCGAGCAGCGGAAUGUUGAAGAAGAGACUACCGCCGUAGUGACUGAGACCACGGAAGACGAACCUUUAGCUCCUCAGAACGAAGACGCUGCCGUCACUCAGGUUUCUGAAGUCCCUCUCAAACAUGAGGUUCAACAGAGUGUCGAGACAGAUCCUGAACCUAUUGGACAGUCGGAGGUGGGAAUUACGCCAACGCAAGCAUCUCUGGAAUCCACCACUGAGAUGGAGAAUUCACAUAAGGUCAAAGAGGAGUUCCGUCCGCUUUCGAGUUCAAGCUUCAAGACUCUGAGUCCAACUCCUGAUGCCGUUGAAAUUCAGCCACCAGAGCCUAGUGCUCGUUUCACAGCUCAGGAACAUCCGGAUAUCGAUACUCAUAUGCUUGACCAGCCUAUUGAGGAGCUUGAUCUCUCUCAGGUUGAAGCAUCUUGGACAUCUCGUUUCUCACAAUUCUCACAAUCACGGUCGUCACGAGCACAUACCAGAAGUGAGACUAUCCCUGAUAGUGCCGAUGAAGAAGCGACCGAUUUGGAGGCAGAAACCAACCAUACCCCUGACAGACUCACAAGCCUAGAACCAGCGACACAAGCUGCUCCGACGCGGGAAACCCAAGAUGAAGCCAUGAUACAACCAUCGCAAGAACUAGGCACUGCACUAUCUCAGUUCCAAAAACCAAGACAUGGUGCUUCAGAAAUGCAACCGCAGCUUGAAGCUAUAGAGGAGACAACGCUUCCCGAAGAUAAUGAUGUUGCAGAUGAGAUGAGAUCACAGGCUGGCGUGGACGAUGAAUUGCUUGCAGAUUAUGUUCAAGUUGCACCUAAGCCCGAGGUUAUUCCAGUACUGUCACCACCACAGCCAGGGCCUUCAACUCCAAUGAGCACGAAGAAGCCGGCAAGACCUUUGACGUUGUUCAGAGGUCGAAAGUCGAUUGGUGCGCGAGUGUCUGUUGGGAAUGACCAGCAGCGGAUUCGGGAUCUCGAGCAGCAAAACCAGAACAACGAGCAGCAGGUUCCGCAAGACGAAGUGAUGCAAGAGUUGUCUCCUCGCGAGCCACAAGUACCUGUGAUAAUCGAGAAAGUGACGGAGAGUACGGCUGAGGGUGAGAGUCGAGUCCGGGAUGAGAUUGAUGCAAGCCUGGCCUCAGGACCCUCUACAAUCUCUGAAGCUCAACCGCAGACAGUGCAGGAAGCGCAAGGAGUUACCCCAACCAUCAACCCUACAGUGGCUGCCGAGCCAGAAGCUCCCAUCGCGACCGAGCAAGCCCCCGAGGUAGAAGAAGCCUCGAGCAACUUCCAGAUCAAGCCAACACUCAAGCCAUUCGCCGAGGUCGAAGCGUCACUCUUUGGCACACCUGUCAAAGGCAAGACUGCUAAACCACAGGAGCCUCGAUCGGCACCAUCGCAGUCCUGGCGUAACGCGCUGAGUUCCAGGAUAAGCGAAGUUCCUGUUAUUGGCUCCUGGUUCACUCCUAGACGCACCACCGAGAUACAAAAGGCAGCUACCGAACACAAAGCCACGACAUCCAGCACUUCGUUUGUCGAAGAGACACCAAUAAAGGCUGCGGCCAUGCCACGAGGCAAACAAACUUCUCGCGAGCAGCAGAAGUCAAUCUCGCCGCCACCGCUGCAACGUUACGCAUCCCAAGGCACCUCAACAUCUCUAUCGUACUUCACUCCGCUAGCCGGUCUCCACCAGCAUCUGAACCAGCAAUCAUCUCUCAUUGACAUUGUUGCCGUCUGUACGACCGCCACCAGCACCGCCGAACGUGCCAAGUCGGGCCCCAAGGAUUACUACACAAUCUUCAGAGUUGUUGACCAACCACUCCACGAGUAUCACACCGCUUCGCAAGACCAAGGCACAAAAGACGUCAGAGUCGAGAUCUUCCGGCCCUUCAAACAAAGUCUGCCCACAGCAUCACCAGGAGACGUUGUCUUGCUCCGAGGGUUUGUAGUAAGGUCCCGCAACCACAAGAACUAUCUCUUGUCCACAGCUGCUAGUGGAUGGUGUGUCUGGCAAUACGGUGCAUCAUCUUCUUCUGCUCUGAACUAUGAAGAACAAGAGCAAGAAGACGAUAGACCUGUGUGGGCCAGAAAGGGCACGAGUCAGAAAGUUGGCGAGGAUGGCGUGAGAGAGGAGAUCACUGGCCCACCAGUUGAGAUCGGAGAUGAGGAGAGAGAAAAAGUCACAAUGGUCAGGACGUGGUGGGAAGGCUUGCAGAAGGAGAGCAAAGACAAGGAAGAAGAGGACCGCGAUAUCAUCAUGAUUGAUUAG